AUGCAGAGGCGAGUAGAUAUUGAGAAUGAUCGAUUGGAUCAAAUGCUCUUUGCAUUCGGAAAUCCGUUUUAUUCUAAACCAGAAAAAAAGUUGAAACCACCUCUGCAAUUCGUCUAUAUACCAUCUACGCACGUUAUAACCUUGGAGCGAUUGAUCGGUUCUGGUCCAAGGCCUUCUCGGUCAUUAGGUGUCAAUUUACAACAACAGUUAGGUGUAUCACAAAUGGCACCAGAAGAAAUUUUUGUGUCGAAAUUGAUGGAAAAUUGUCUUUUGAAAGCUGCAAUGGCUGGAAUUCUUGGUGGGCUAGUAGGUGUCGGUUUCGGUUUGUUCACAGCGUCAGUUGAUCCUAAUUUUGCUCCAGUUGAAAUUGCUGCAACAAAAAUGCCCACCUUAAAAGAAACUUGGCGGGAAAUGAAAGGUAGGAUGAAAUCAUACGGAAAGAAUUUUGGAUCGAUUGGUUUCAUGUUUGCUGGAACUGAAUGUAUGUUAGAAACUUGCCGUGCAAAAAGUGACUGGAGAAAUGGUACGCUGUCAGGCGCAAUAGUCGGCGGUGUGUUGGGUUUGAGAGCUGGUAUAAAGGCAGCUAUAUUAGGAGCUAUCGGUUUUGCAACUUUCUCCACGUUGGUUGAUUAUUAUAUGAGAUAG